AUAGCGUCAUACGGCGGGUAAAACCUGGGGUAAGGCUUACUUGAGCUUCUUGAUGAAAGUUGUGGAUUACUUUGUCGACUGCGAUACACACCCUCCACCUCCGCCACUCCUCACCUAAGGCGGUACCACAAUGUCCACCCGACAAGCGUUGAGACCGUCCCUUGGACAACUCCUCCGACAAUCCCACCCUCCAUCUCCCUCCUCAAGAUGCCUCCAUACCCUCCCCAAGCGUCCCCUCCGAAGACCAUCCACCCAAUCCCUACACCACCAGCUCCCCCGCCACCGCAACGCCAGCACCAGCAACUUCACCCACAACCUCCGCACCCUCUUCCGCCAAAACCCCGUGUCCAUCUCCCUCGCCGCCCUCGCCCUCCUCAGCGGCGUCGGCGCCCUCAUCUACGCCAACAUCCUCUACCAAACCUACAUCGUCGGCGCUUUCCACAAGUACCCGGAGCCCGUCGCGAAGAAGCUGCGGAAAGCGCUGUAUUAUACCAAUACUGACCCGCAACCCGCCGAGGCGCUGAAAUUCUACAAGCAGGCGCUUGAGGUUGCGGCGGAGGUGGGGAUGGAUCCGUUUAGUGACGAGGUGAUUGGCGUGCGGAUCCAGGUCGGGAAGUUGAUGGAGGAUGUAGGACAGUUUGGCAAGGCGGCGCAGGUGCUUGAGAUUAGUCGGGGGGAUUGUUUGGAGCAUGUGCGGAGAUUGGAGGCGAGGAAGGCAGAGGUUGUUGCAGGGGAAGGGAGCGUGGCCCGGCGGACGAGGAUUCUGGCAAAGUGUGUGGCGAUGAGUGUGAAGUUGGGGGAGCUGUAUGGGAGCCCUGAGGUCUAUGAUCGCGAGAUGGCGGAGGAGAGGUUGGUGUGGGCUGUGGAGACGGUACUGAGAGAACUGCAACGGCGGGAGGGGGUGAAAGCGAGUGAGGGCAUUACGGAGGAGCAGUUGGUGGAGCGGGAGGGGAAGUGGAUGAGUGGCUCUGAGACGGGGGCGGCGUUGGAGUCGCUGGCGCAUAACUAUGAGGCGAGGAGCCAGCAUUACCUUGCCAGUCCGCUGUUCCUGCAGGCGCUUAGCUUGUACCCGGCGAAGGACUGCCAUACGGUCGUGCUGAUGAACAACCUGGCCUCGUCAUUAGCACAACAGUCACCACGUGCUGCGGCGGCGGCACAAGCCUACGCGACGUCGAGGAAUCUCUCGAAUCAGCCUACGCCUUCUGCCCCAGCCCCAGCUCAACCGGCGAUGACGCGUGAGAGCUUAAUUCAAAAUGCGCAGACGUGGGCGCAGAAAUCGCUGGACGUCGCGGCGAGUAUUAGACCUCCGGAACGGACAGAGGAGUGCGAUGUGGGUUGUGCGGUAGCGACGCACAAUCUGGGCGAGUUUGCUGAGAUGCUGGGCCAGCGGCAGGAGGCGAGAAGACGGUAUGAGGAGGCAAUCAGUAUUGCGAGAGCUGUUGGCUUUCAGGAGGGUGUUCAGCAGAGUCAAGAAAGACUGAGGCUUUUGCAAACGGGUUGAAAGUGAGAGUUUGGGCGGUCAACUUCACCAAUGAUACGAUCGAUGGAAAUUCGCGCGCCUCUAGCGAAGCGGCAGGUCACCGCUCCUACAAUUCUCGAGUCCUCCAGCAUAACGGUACGCGCUGGACCUUCAACGAACGGGUGGACAAACAGGGAUGGAGCAAUCACUUCACCAUGAUCGUAUUUGCGGCU